GGGGUCCCCACCAGAAACAAAUAGUGCUGUAUAAGAUGGUCGAUUAGUCAAUGGCGCUCGGAUUUGGGAAAAUUAUGGGGGCGCAUCAAUCACAAAGGACGAAAGAAAAAUAAUAUGUCCGCACAAUAUUCUACUAACGUUUCAGAAAACAAAAUGGAAAUAGGGAACACACCUUCCUCAUAGGCAGGCGGAAUAAAGUGGUGGUGAACGUCCACUUUUCCUGGCGAUACCAUGGUGUGAUGUUCGCUUCUUGUUUGGUGGCUGUAGCGUGCUGGUCUUUGUCCGCGAAAUCGAAGAAUUGCAGCCUCUCCAAUGUUCUGACGCUUCGUGUUUGCAAAUUGGAGGCAACAGAGUUGAGAUUUGGUUUUCGAGGUUUCGACUCUGAAACUUAUAUCUUGCGCUGGGGCCGAGAAUCAACCACUCCGAGGGUCGAGAGCUCCGGGAUGAUAAACCGAACGUCAUUGUUGCCUGUGAAGAUGAGGCACAGUCAAGGCAACAAUGGCAUUCUUUUGAUCAUGCGGCAAAGCCGCUCUAACCUUUUUGUACACAACGCCCUUUUUCUUUUUCUGAACAUUGGCUUUGCUGUCGACAUCCGAGUAAUCAUUCAAUCAUGUCAAGCUCUCUUUGAGCAACAACGAAAUCGUGUUCACUUGUAAGUUACCGGAUAUCCGGAGUUGAACAUUGAGAUACUCCAGCGCCAUGGUCUUUUCCGCACUUGAAGGGACUUUUAUCUCGGAAAACGGCCACGCUUCACUUGAAUUAUGAUCUCGA